GCCUGCCUGGUUUCCAUAGGAACACGCAAAUCCGGUACGGCGCACUGUACGCAGGAAGUUGUUCUUCGUCACUUCCGCUCCUCCCCUCAAAGUCAGUAUACCUUUUACUUACGCGUCUGCUUGAGCAGACGGCAGAUGCAUUUUGGGCCACUGAGGCCGCCGUUGGGGGCGUGAGGACGCAUUCGCGUUCCGGCAGCUACAGUUCACGUGCGGCAGCGGCGGAUCUUCUGCUAAGAGCUACCAUGGCCGAGCCGGGGACUUUGAACCUCAAUAAUGAGGUUGUGAAGAUGAGAAAAGAAGUGAAGAGAAUCCGAGUUUUGGUUAUCCGAAAACUUGUCAGGAGUGUUGGCAGACUGAAGUCAAAAAAGGGUACCGAAGAUGCACUGUUGAAAAACCAAAGACGAGCACAACGAUUGCUCGAAGAAAUUCGUGCCAUGAAGGAGUUGAAACCUGAUGUAGUAACUAAGUCUGCUCUUGGUGAAGAUAUCAACUUUGAAAAAAUCUGCAAAAAGCCUGAUUCGACUGCUGCUGAAAGAGCAAUUGCUAGGCUAGCAGUGCACCCUCUUCUGAAGAAAAAAAUAGAUGUGCUGAAAGCUGCUGUCAAAUCCUUUAAAGAUGCAAGACAAAAUGUUGUUGAAGUUAAGUCAUCAAACACUGCUUCAGAAGAAAAUCAUUCCAAGGACACUUUGUGUUCAAAUGAUGAUGCCAGUAAGUUACAGCAUGAAGGAACUAUUAUCCGUGAACAAAAAGAGAAGGAAGCCAAAAUAUUGGCAAAGAAACCGAUAAAUAAUUCAAAAGAAAAAAUAGCCAAGAUGGAUCAUGGACCCAAAGCAAUGGAUGUCCCAAAUUCUCUAUCAAAGCCUUCUGAAAAAGAUUCUCCGGCUCCCUCAGCAUCCCAGAAGACACCUUCUGACCCCAAAAUGAAAGCAUUAAGUAAAACCAAAAAAAUGAAAGAGUCCAGUAGCUCACUUGAUGUUGACAGUGAUGGAGAGGAAUUAUAUGAAGAAGAGAAGGAAUAUUUUGAUGAUAGCACAGAAGAAAGGUUUUACAAACAGUCUUCCAUGUCUGAGGAUAGUGAUAGUGGUGAUGACUUCUUCAUUGGGAAAGUCAAACGGGCACGAAAGAAGGAAAGCAGUUGUCGUUUUUCAGAUAAGGAACAAAACCCCCCCAAAAAAUUGUUGCUUGAAGAAGAUAUACUUGAAACCCAUCAAAAUUUACAAAAUGAUAAAAACAAGCCACGUACAGAGGCAAGGAGGUUUGAAUCAGUGUUUUUCCAGUCUUUAUCUGGAUCUAAGAGCCUUGAAAGAAAUCACAGAGAACAGGUUCCAAGAAGCAAAACCCUGGAUUUUCAGCACAUUGAACCUCAGAACAAGAAUCAGUUUAAUAAGAAAGCACAAAGAGGAUUUGAAAAUACAAAACAGAAAUCACAGCUGCCUCUUCAUCCUUCAUGGGAAGCAAGCCGGCGGCGAAAAGAACAGCAAUCCAAAAUUGCUGUGUUUCAGGGGAAAAAAAUUACCUUUGAUGAUUGAUCAGUACUAUAUUUUUGUUAACUUCUCUGUCUAAAUUUGAUUUUCUUCUUAUUUUUUAAACUAGCUCAUUAUUAAAAUAUAUAUAUUUAAGUAAGUCUCUGAAUGGGUUAUAGAAAUGAGUUGGUUUUGUCUUUAUUUUUUUAAGUGUGUUUGUGUACGUUUAGGCUUCUGUUGAUCAAGUACAUACUUAAUUUUAAAUAUGUCUAGACUGCUGUCCCUCUAUAAAAGAAUUUUGAGAUGAUAGCUAUCUCACAUUUUCUCAUUUGGUUUUAUCAUGAAGUGUACUUCACUAGGUCAGCUCUGUGUUUCGUUACUUUGAAAAUAAAUGUUGAGUGAUAUUUGAAAUAAUAAUGCAAAAAUAUGAGGAAAGUGUAGCUCUUUAAAACAGACUAUUUUUACUGGAAGAUACUCUUGGUAGCAAAACUAAGAGGAUAACUUUUAUUAUGGGUAUACAGAUAAUAAGUUAUAUAAGUAAAUAUUAGUUUUUAUUAUAGUUUUAAUUAUUUGUAAUUUUUUAGUUUUUGACUGUUUAAAAUAGUUUCCAAGGAAAUUUUUGGAUUUCUGAAUUAUGUUUAGUUAUUUGGGCAGCAUUCAUGUUCAAAUGUUACAACCAACCAAAAAUUGGUUUUACUGCAUAUAAAAUUUCUGUCAAAUCAUAAAUAUAUAACAUAUUAGACGUGUGUUCUUCAUAGAAACAGUUUUUGAGGAAUCAUAGGUUUGGAAUUUACAAGAGCAAAUUCUGAAGGAGAUAUGAUUACAGAAGCAUUUUCACUAAUAGCUAAGCAGAGGUUAUAACUCACUGAAGAUGGGACUGCUUUAUAUUUCAUAGUACUGUUAUUUAAAAGGAAAACAGAAUUUUAAAAAUCCCUUCAAAUGUUUCACUUCUUGCUACUGGGAGAAAUUAAAGUUCUUGGUUAACUAAGUAAUGCUAACUAAAUUCUAUGUUUUCUAUGCAUUGAUCCUAUUAAUGAUGAAAUAAAGCUUUCUGGUGGUAGGAAUUCAGGAACUCUGGAAAGUCAUUUUUAUCUUUUUCAAAUGCUUAAGAGUUUAGAUAAUAAAGCAGUAGAAUUCAAGAGGUUAUACGGAAAUAAAAUUAUUUUUGCUGUAUUAAAUGCAAAA